AUGGCGAAGGGGCUCCUGGUGACCUAUGCCCUCUGGGCUGUGGGGGGCCCUGCUGGGCUCCACCACCUGUACCUGGGAAGGGACAGCCAUGCCCUGCUCUGGAUGCUGACCCUGGGGGGAGGUGGGCUGGGCUGGCUCUGGGAGUUCUGGAAGCUCCCAAGCUUUGUAGCUCAGGCCAACAGAGCCCAGGGACGGAGGCAGAGCCCCGGAGGGGUGACACCCCCUCUGAGUCCCAUUCGCUUUGCUGCCCAGGUGAUAGUUGGCAUCUAUUUUGGCCUCGUGGCACUGAUUAGCCUUUCUUCCAUGGUCAACUUCUAUAUUGUGGCCCUCCCACUGGCAGUUGGCUUAGGGGUCUUGCUGGUGGCUGCUGUUGGCAACCAGACCUCAGACUUUAAGAACACUCUGGGGGCAGCAUUUCUCACUUCACCUAUCUUCUAUGGCCGCCCCAUAGCCAUACUGCCCAUUAGCGUGGCCGCCAGCAUUACAGCUCAGAAGCAUCGCCGCUACAAAGCUUUGGUGGCAUCAGAGCCGCUCAGUGUGCGGCUCUACCGUCUGGGCUUGGCUUACCUUGCUUUCACAGGCCCACUGGCAUACAGUGCCCUCUGCAACACAGCUGCCACCCUCAGCUAUGUGGCAGAAACCUUUGGCUCCUUCUUGAAUUGGUUCAGCUUCUUCCCCCUUCUUGGCCGCCUCAUGGAGUUUGUCCUCCUUCUGCCUUACCGGAUCUGGAGGCUACUGAUGGGGGAGACUGGCUUCAACAGCAGCUACUUCCAGGAGUGGGCGAAGCUCUAUGAGUUUGUUCACAGUUUUCAGGAUGAGAAGCGUCAGCUGGCUUACCAGGUUUUGGGCCUCUCAGAAGCGGCAACAAAUGAAGAAAUACAUCGGAGUUACCGGGAGCUAGUGAAGGUCUGGCACCCAGACCACAACCUGGACCAGACAGAGGAGGCACAGAGGCACUUCCUGGAGAUCCAGGCUGCAUAUAAAGUCCUGAGUCAACCCAGGAAGCCCAGGAGAUCCCGGAGGUGAAAAGAAACGUCCCCCUGAGGAUUGAUCCUUCCUAGCAGAGCUGGGCAACUUGUCCCAAAUCUAGCUUUGCCCACGAAUGGCAUCCCAACAGAGUUAAAGAAACUGCUUGCAGGGGCCGGGCGUGGUGGCUCACACCUGUAAUCCCAGCACUUUGGGAGGCCGAGGCGGGCAGAUCACGAGGUCAGGAGUUCAAGAUCAGCAGCCUGGCCAACAUAGUGAAACUUCAUCUCUACUAAAAAUACAAAAAAUUAGCCAGGGGUGGUGGCAGGCACCUGUAGUCCCAGCUACUCGGAGAGGCUGAGGCAGGAGAAUGGCGUGAACCCGGGAGGCGGAGCUUGCAGUGAGCCGAGAUCGCGCCACUGCACUCCAGCCUGGGUGACAGAGCGAGACUCCGUCUCAAAAAAAAAAAAAAAUAAAUAAAAAAUAAAUAAAUAAAUAAAUAAAUAAAUAAAUAAAAGAAACUGCUUGCAGGGGACAUGAGAAAACUUUAAUGGGGUGAGAAAAGGUUGUGGUAGAAGAAUGUGUUUAUAUUCUGAAUUUCUGAAUUCUUGGCUAUUGCAUUCUUGACAAUUUUUCUUAAAACCAGAGAGUGAAAGGCAUAUUAUAAAACAAUCAAAUAUCUUUUAGAGUAUGGACAACUAUUAUAUAUCAAUAAAAAAUUAAUUAGAAAAAAUAUAUCUUUUCGAGAACACACCACCUUAUCCCACCCAUGAUAUAUUUAUGUGUGAUGGAGAAAGGUUAUUUAACUAUUUUUUUAAAUGUGUAAAGCAGCAGGGCAUGGUGGCUUACGCCUGUAAUCCCAACAGUUUGGGAAGCUGAGGUGGGAGGAUCACCCGAGGUCAGGAGUUCAACACCAGCCUAGCCAACCGACAUAGUGAAACCCCAUCUCUACUAAAAAUACAAAACUUAGCCAGGCAUGGUGGCGCACGCCUGUAGCUCCAGCUAGUCGGGAGGCUGAGGCAGGAACAUCACUUGAGCCCGGGAGGUGGAGGUUGUAGUCAGCUGAGAUUGAGCCGCACUG